UUGGCGCGUAACGAGCACUCCCAACUUGAAUUGUCUGAUGUGAUGUAUGUAUGUAUGUCCUGCCUUUCGCUUGUUGACGUUGAUCAUGGCCUUUCGCCCAGGCUUGCUUCCAAAACUUCCAAGCAUGCUUCAACUGCUUCAAGUUUUAAUGGUCUACACCAAGGUGGCAGGGGGCGCCUUGACAUUCUGCUGUUGGUUGCCAGGUCAACUUGAUUGCAGAUCGCAGUGUGGAGUCCCAAGAAGGGCGAUCAAAGCACGCAGACCUGCCCUUUCAAAUUUAUGAAUGCAGCCGGUGUGCGAGCUGGCCAGGCUUGAAGAUGGCGCUUCUGAGUCGCUUGAGUGUGGCACCCGAUUCGCUUGGCAAGCGGAAAAGGGAGCUUGACACCCGAUUCAACAGUCCCUUGAAAAAGCUGGCAUCGAACGCCGCUAUCAGAAGCGCUCUGACUACCUUUCCAGCUUCGCCUUACCUGAAUCAGAUUGCUAAGAACAGUCCUUCAUCUGGCUUGGCAAGUGCACUGCAGUUGAGCAAUAGAGUUUUACCUUCCACAAGCUUUGCCCCCAGGCCUUUGCGUUCUGUCUUCCAGCAGCCUUCUCCCAUCUUCUAUCCAGAGAGCAUCCCCUCUGCCCUAAGAGCGCCUCCAGAGGUUUCAACCACAGCUGUCACGGUGCGUGCACCAAGCGGUCCAAGACACGCAAACGGAGAUCUGGACUUGGGGCGCCUGGGGGGUGGCAAAGUCUCUGCAGAAGCAUACAAAACUGCCAGGCUGCAGGCGCAGGUUCGGCAAUUACAAGAGCGUCUUCACAUGGUCCAUGAAGAGGUGGUCCACUUGCAGAAUCAUGUCCGGGGAAGUCAAGAGAAGAAACAGAGUUGGUACGGGGACAUCCUUCGAAAAGUGCGGGAGAGUGCCGAUCUGCGGAGACAGGUGACGGGAGUACAUACGGAAGCAAGUGCAGAAAGAGGUAAAUCAAAGAUGUCAGAGCGUGAGGAUGCAGAAGGGACUUCCCAUGGGCUGUCUGAAGCAAGGGAAACUGCGGAAGAUCGAGGAGAAGCUGAAGGCGGGGCUGGGGGCGGGGCUGAGCGCCCCAGCAAGAGCCUUUCUGGAGCCGCAGAAGUGGCCUCGGUGUCCACCUUCUUACAGCGACUGCGUGACUUGAGGCUGGAUGACCACAAGCAGCGGUCGCGCGACCUGGAGAUCCAGCUCAAGGAGGCUGAGCUGGCAGUGCAGAAGCAGCAGCGCCUGAGGGAUGAGGAGGAGGUUGAGGAGGAAGAGGAGGUCACUGAGGAGCUUGAGGAGGAAGAAGAGGUUACUGAGGAAGUGACUGACGAGGAAGAAGAGGAGACAGACGAGGAGGUAGAAGAAGAGGGAUAUGUUGCGGUGCCCUUAACCGAAGAGGAUGACGAGUUGGUGGACGAAAUAUUACACAAUCCCCCCAGCGACGAAGUCUGCGUCGCCCACGAGCGCUCCAGCCUCCAGAUUACCCAGGCCCAGAUGCAGUGCUUACGCCCCGACAUGUGGCUCAAUGAUGAGGUGAUCAACCUGUACAUGGUGCUGCUGAAGGAGCGGGAGAGCCGCGAGGACUUUCAGGAGGAGGGGCUGCAUCCCGUGUGCCACUUCUUCAACACCUUCUUCUACAACAAGCUUCGGAUGGAUGCGCAAGAGUACGAGUACAGUCGAGUGCAGCGGUGGACGCGGCGUGUCAAAUACAAGCUGGCCAAGUGCGACAAGGUGAUCGUGCCCAUUCACCAGGGCAUCCACUGGGCGCUCGCCGUGAUCAACUUGCGGGACCGCCGGCUCGAGUACUUUGACUCCGUCUGCGACGGCGCCGGCUUCCCCUUUUCAACAAGAGCGUCGCCCGAGACGGUACUGGAGGACUUGGCCCAGUAUAUUAUGGACGAGGCGGAAGACAAGGGCACCGGCCCGAUCGACACCAGUGACUGGGAACGGGUUUACCACACGGACAAGCCCCAGCAAGGAAACAAUUCCGACUGCGGGAUGUUUAUGCUCAAGUUCGCUGACUUCGUAAGCCGGGAUGCCCCAAUUACCUUCUCUCAGAAAGAGAUGUGGUACUUCCGACGGAAGCUUGUCGUUGAGUUGGUGCACAAGAGGGCGGACUGAACACGAUUUGACGAUCACCAUUGGUCAGAGGAGCCCAUGCGCCAAGCCAGAACAUGCAACUCUGGCCAUGGAGUUUUAGUGCCCGAUUUUGUGAAUCGCUGGCCACCGACUCCUCUUGAAAGUAACUCGUCAACCCCUGCCAAAGCGUUGAGCAAGGGAGAUGGAGGCAGUGCUUACGUUAGGGCAUAGCGUCAAGCAACUCUUUGGCCCUAGUCAAGGCUAGGCUUGAGCAGAUGAAGAGCCAAGCGCGGAGUCUCAGGUUACCAUGAUUCUUACAGUAUUUGUGAGUGAUUGGAACCAUGAUAUUAUGCACGCGCCGACCAUGCAGCCUCAAUGGGUCGCUGUAUCUGUACCUUCUGGAUGACACAGUUCAUAUUGCAUUAUCUUGCGCACCUGCAAAGUUGCACAUGCAA